UGGUAACCAGUGCAAUUUUCUGUAGUAAAGUACAAUGUCAGCUGUUAAAAGCUUAAUAUUUCAGACCACUGUGGGACCAAUGAAUGAGGCCUGCAUCAGUAAUAAGCACCUGCAGUAACCAUGACAACUACAGGACCACCGCUUAUGUCAUAAUGGAAGAUCCCACAAAACAAGGGCUCGCUGCUAUGAUCAGUGCCAUCUUGGAUGCACCUUCGGACCUUGAGCUUGACUAUGGUCACAAUGCAGCCAACAGGGAAUUACAAUGUCAUUCCAAGCGAGUAUGUGGUUCCAUCAGCACCGCCGUCAUAUGAAGAAGCCACAUUUUGCCAUCAUCCGUAUCCUCCACCUCAUCCAGGGAUGGAAGCAAAACAUUUGAACCCCACUCCUCCUUAUGUGGUCCAGCCAGUACCUAUGCCAGCUCCAGUUACAGUCCAAACUGUGUAUGUGCAGCAUCCAGUCACCUUUCACGAUCGUCCCAUCCAGAUGUGCUGUCCUCGGUGUAGCAGAUUGACGACAACUCGUCUUGUUCAUACGUCUGGGGCUUUGGCUUGGUUAUCUUGUGGUGGAUUGUGUCUUCUUGGGUGUGGAUUUGGCUGCUGCCUCAUUCCUUUCUGUAUCGAUUCUCUGAAGGACGUAGAUCAUUACUGCUCCCACUGCCAGGCUUUACUUGGUUCUUACAAACGUAUAUAAGCCAGACUGCUCUAAAGCUUCCCUGUUCUAUGUUUUGUUUUCUAUCUAGAACUAUGCAAACUUUUGCCUGUAAAUAAUGGAGCUUACUUUUCCCUACCAUCUAUUUUUAUAUGAAUCUAUUUGUGGAGUACAUAGCAGUCAACAUCUGGAACUUGUAGGAAAUUGAACCGUCCUGGUUUGUAUGGGGAAGGGGACCAUAUUCUGUUUUAUCACACUGUGGAAAACCUUUUUAUUAUCUUUAAAGCUUUUGAUGUACCAUUCAUGAAAAACUUGGACAGCUGACUUUGAGGCAGAUAAAAGCGGACCUGGAAAAAGUGUUAUCAUAUGAGUAAAACGAUCCCCCUCAUCGCUGCAGAAUAACCAAGUGCUGUCAUGGUGGAGAUCGAAACCACAACAUAGUAAUUUACAUACAUGGUGCACUUUAUUAUUGCCAUCCACUAGUAAAGCUUUUAACAUGAAGGAACCUUACUUAUUGUCAUCUUACAUUUUAAUGGUAAUGUAUCAUCUGGAUGAAUGACCACUAGAAUCUAUCUUUUUAUUUGUUCCCUGCAUGAUGUACGUGACACUUUGAGCAUGUGUUGUACUGUGGAGUAUAUAUACUGAUAGGUCUUAUCUUCUAUGUAUGUUUUGCUUUACUACUUGUGGAUCUGCUAAAAGCAUUUUCCUGUCAAACUUUAAAAAUUAGCCAUCACAGGGUAGAUCUUUGUUGUUUAUUGUCCAUUUAACAGGACCUGUCAGGCCCAAUAUACAAUGGUUAACAUACUUAUAUAUAUUGAUUGUGAUUCUUUGAUUCCAAGUACUUUUUUUCUCUUAUGGCCACAAACCAAUCUCCCCACCACCAGUUUUCCCACAAUAUGCACUAUUACUUUUAAUUAUGUUAAUUCAUGACCACUAAAUGGGCUCUACCACCCACCCAGUGUCGAAACGCGUGAAUGUGAGCCAUUCUGACAAUGGGUAGUCACCAGCAGUGUGAUCUCUUACAUGGUUUGACAUGAUCAUUCUUUAGGGCCAACUCUGACACUGUCUUCACAGAUUGGCCUAGGCUCAUGCCCCUUUUGACACUGGAUGGUGGAGACCUUUUAAAGGGGUACUCCGCUGCUCAGUGUUUGGAACAAACUGUUCCGAAUGCUGGAGCUGGCGCAUGGAGCUUGUGACUUCAUAGUCCCGCCCCCUCAAUGCAAGUCUAUGGCAGGGGGCGUGACAGCAGCCCCAUAGACUUGCAAUGAGGGGGCGGGGCAUGAUGUCAUGAGGGGGCGUGGUUAUUACAUCAAGAGCUCCCUGGGCCAGCUCCAGCAUUCGGAACAGUUUGUUCCAAACGCUGAGCAGCGGAGUACCUCUUUAAGUUGUAAGUUUAUCAGAGGACCACAGCCAGUAACACAUGCGGUCAUCAUUACUUUUUGCAUUACUUUUUAAAUACCUUUCUCCAACAGUCAAUUUAUAGGCGUGCGUUUAGCUAUGCACCUCCUAGGUCAGACAAAAUGUAAAAAUAUUGGAGAUUUAUCAAAACCUGUGCAGAGGAAAAGUUGAGCAGUUGCGCAUAGCAACCAAUCAGGUAGAUAAAAAAUUUUUUUUUUUUUAUUUCAGAGGCGUUUUAAACAAUUAAGAAGCAAUCUGGUUGCGAUUAGCAACUGGUCAACUUUUCCUUUUCACAGGUUUUGAUAAAUCUCCCCAUUAGCUAUAUUUUUAUUUUAUUUUGGUAUUUUUUUUAUUUUUUUUUGUGUAAUAUCGGCUAGGUGGUUGGGAUAAUAUACAGGAAAUAUAAGGUUCUGUUGUAAUUUUCAUUUUUUAUUAUAAUAGUGUUAUGGUCAUUUUCUGGUAUGGUCAUUUUCAUGGUUUGGUUUGGGGUAAUACAGCAGUCUAACACUUAUUACAGCAAUCCAUUGAUCACAUGAUUAGAACUGGAAGCCGCAAAGUCAUUAUGGCUUCUGCUGAGCUGUGCACACCGUAUUCUGAGUAUACAGGCAAAGUAAUAUGCAGACCAGCUGGACAUUUGUAAUCUACUUUUGAAUUCACUUCUUGGUUUAAAGGGGUACUCCGGCGCUUUAACAUCUUAUCCCCUAUCCAAAGGAUAGGGCAUAAGAUGCCUGAUCGCUGGGGUCCCGCCGCUGGGGACCCCUGUGAUCUUGCACGCAGCACCC